AUGUCGGACAACGAGAAUGGAGGGAGUCCGCCCCCCGGCGGCGAGCCGGCCGCACCCCCAGCCGCCGAGCACCUCAACAUCAAGGUGACGGACAACAACAACGAGGUCUUCUUCAAGAUCAAGAGGAGCACCAAGCUCGAGAAGCUCAUGAACGCCUUCUGCGAGCGGCAAGGAAAGACGAUGAACUCGGUGCGCUUCCUGUUCGACGGCCAGCGCGUGCAACCGACGGACACGCCCGAUUCGCUCGAAAUGGCAGAUGGCGAUACCCUCGAGGUGCACCAGGAGCAGGUCGGAGGGUCAUUCUAA